AUGUCUCGAUACUUGAGUUAUAAAGAGGAAUGCGAAAGAUUACAAAAAUUAUUAGCGGAAGUUUCAACAGAUGAAAAAUCUCUUAAUGAGGAAUAUGAAGAAAUUGUUGAUGAAGAAUUAAUUAGUGAUCAUUUAUCGAAUUCAGAAGAGGAGCUAGAUUCAGACAGUGAAGUGUACGUUUGUGAAUCCACCGAUGAUUACGUUGGGAAAGACGGUAAAACGAUAUGGCAUAAAAAGGAGCCAAGGAAAAAUGUGAGAACUCCUGCUCACAAUAUCAUUUCAAAACUGCCUGGAAAUAUUGGCGAAACAAAAAAUGUAUCCUCGCCAAUAAAUUCUUGGACAUUUCUGAUUGAUGAAAGUAUGAUAUCAAUUAUUGUCGAGUGCACGAACAUUUUUAUUCGAUCAAUUGCAUGUAAAUUUGGAAGUGAAAGAGACGCUCAUCCUACAAAAAUUUCUGAAAUAAAGGCAUUUAUAGGACUUCUCUAUUUUGGUGGACUGCACAAAUCUUCCCAUGUAAAUGUAAAGGACCUCUGGGCUACUGAUGGAACAGGAAUUGACAUAUUCCACCGUACUAUGUCAUAUAAACGUUUUUUAUUUCUGAUGAGGUGUGUCAGAUUUGAUGAUAUAAGAGAUCGUUCUUCUAGAAGAGAAGUGGAUAAACUUGCUCCCAUCAGAAAUAUUUUUGAAAUGUUCGUCGCAAAUUGUCAAAAAGUUCAAACUCUUGGAGAAUAUGUGACAAUCGACGAAAAAUUAGAACCGUUCAGAGGAAGGUGUUCAUUUCGACAGUACAUGCCAAAUAAACCAGCCAAAUAUGGAAUAAAAAUUUUUGCCUUGGUAGAUGCGAGAACAUUUUAUACAUGGAACCUAGAGAUUUAUGCAGGAAUUCAACCAGCAGGACCAUAUAACGUUGAAAAUGGCCCAGACAAAAUUGUAAAGAGAUUACUAGAACCUAUUUUCAAUUCAGGACGCAACCUAACUGUUGACAAUUGGUACACUAGCUAUGAUUUAGCAAAAGACCUAUUGAAGAAAAAAAAUUACACUUGUGGGAACAAUCCGAAAAAAUAA